GCGUGGCCGGAUCGGAUGAUAAUAGGAAGAAGGGAAGAGGAGGAAAAGAAGAAGGAGAAGAAGGAGAAGGGAAUCGACACGUGCGCGAGCGACGACUUUCCCCCUCGCGUCCUCCCUUUCCUCUCGUCGCGCAUACACACGCACACGCACGCGGCUCCGCCUCGAACCGUUGACCACGUCCGUGGUAUCCGAGGGACGAGGAAGAGUUUCCCCGAGAAUCGAGCCGCGCCAACUCCAAACUCCUUGAUCCCGUGGGGUGAUCCCCCACCCGUAUGCGAAGGAACCACACCCCGCCACGCAGAAAAGGAACGCGGAGGAUAUACAGAUUUACCGGGCGCCUCCUGGUACUAUGGGAGCGGGGGUAUGGGGGGCGGAGGAGGGCUGCAAGCCACGGACCUCCGGCGAAGGCUCGAGUCCACGAGGUGUUCUUCCGGAGCAACGACUCGUCGUCCCCAGACACCUCCUCGUUCCUUAAGGCGCGACGGAAACACCGGCAAUGAACACCAGGAGGAAAGAGUCGAGUCGGUGGAAGCGAGCCUCGCCUCCGGUCAACCGACGUGCACGGGUUGGCGGCCGUGCAGACGACAGGACGGGAGGAGGAAGGAGGACUGCGGAGCGAGAGGAGGGUGGAGGAGGUGGUGGAACGGCGGCGUAAUCGCGCGCGGGAUCGUCGGCACGGACGACGGGGAGAAGGAAGAAGGAGGAAGGAGCGGCGGGAAGAGGCAUCGGCUUCGAUGGUGUCGCGGCGAUUUGCGGUGGAUCGCGGACGUUGCGACGAGGACCCUCCUCCUCGGUAUCGUGCUUUUCGUUACGCCAGGUCUGUGCAACCAGGACGCGGUGCACAUUACGGCGAUCCUUGGGGAGAGCGUUGUCUUCAACUGUCACGUAGAGUUCCCCGGUGAGCACCCAGUGCCCUACGUUCUCCAAUGGGAGAAGAAGGUAGGAGAUGCGGGGCAGGAGAUACCGAUAUACAUAUGGUACGACUCGUAUCCGACCCACAGCGGCGAAGGUUACGAGGGUCGAGUCUCGAGGGUGAGCCCGAAUUCACCGUACGGCGGGGCGAGCCUCAACCUGACCGACAUCCGGGAGAGCGACCAGGGAUGGUACGAGUGCAAGGUGGUCUUCCUCAACAGGUCGCCCAACAAGAACGGUACCUGGUUCCACCUCGACGUCCACGUUCCAAGAGUGUCGAGGGAGGAUAAAAACGAUUGGUUGGUUUUCGUAGCGCCGCCAAAAUUUAGCAUCACGCCGGAGGAGAUGAUCUACGUGAACGUGGGGGACGCGAUAAUAUUGAACUGCCAGGCGGAGGGCACGCCGACGCCCGAGAUCCUUUGGUACAAGGACGCGAAUCCGGUCGAGCCCUCGUCAACCAUAGGAAUAUUCAACGACGGCACCGAGCUCAGGAUCUCGACCAUCAAGAGCGAGGACAUCGGGGAUUACACGUGCAUCGCGCGAAACGGAGAGGGUCAAAUCAGUCACACGGCCCGCGUUAUAAUCGCUGGUGGAGCAGUGAUCACCGUGCCGCCGAUGAACCAAACCAAAUUGGAAGGGGAAAAGGUGCAAUUUAACUGCGAGGCUAAAGCUCUUCCCGGUAACGUGACCGUACGUUGGUUCCGCGAGGGUUCACCGGUUACGGAACUCUCCGAGCUGGAUACGAGAGUAACGAUCAAAUCGGACGGUAGCCUGGUGAUCAAUCCCGUGAGCGCUGACGAUUCUGGCCAAUAUCUUUGCGAAGUGACGAACGGCAUCGGUGAUCCGCAAAGCGCUAGCGCUUACCUAAACGUGGAAUAUCCGGCAAAAGUGACGUUCACUCCCACGGUGCAGUAUCUACCGUUUCGGUUGGCUGGUGUGGUUCAUUGUUACAUAAAGGCGAAUCCCACCCUUCAAUACGUGACGUGGACGAAGGACAAACGAUUGCUCGAACCUUAUCAAACAAAGGAUAUCGUUGUGAUGAACAAUGGCUCCCUGCUUUUUACACGAGUCAAUGAGAAUCAUCAGGGCCGGUAUACCUGCACGCCUUAUAACGCCCAUGGCACGCAAGGAAGUUCCGGGCCGAUGGAGGUGCUUGUGCGAAAUCCGCCUGUGUUCACUCUCGAGCCGGAGCCGAUCUAUCAGAAAAAGGUGGGCGAAACGGUGGAGAUGCAUUGCGACGCUCAAGAAGCGGAGGGCACGCAGAAACCCACGAUACAGUGGCACAGGAGGGAUGGCGCGUCCAUCCAACGAAAUCGGGCCAAGACCGUCGGCGGGAAUUUAACGAUCGAAAGCCUUCGCCGCUCGGAUUUCGGCUUCUACCAGUGCGUGGCGUCGAACGAGGUUGCCACCAUAUCGGCCUCCACGCAAUUGAUCGUCGAAGGCACGCAACCCCACGCUCCGUACAACGUAACCGGUACCGCGACCGAAUUCUCGGUCACGUUGACUUGGCUGCCGGGAUACUCGGGAGGGCCUGAUUACAAACAAGACUAUACCAUCUGGUACAGAGAAUCGGGUACGUCGGAAUGGAAGAUGAUUCCUGUAACUCCGUCGGGAAGCACAACGGUGACGAUCAACAGUCUGACACCAGGAACGCUGUACGAGUUCCAAGUGAUAGGGAAGAACGCUCUGGGCGAUGGAAUGUUGAGCAAACUCAUCACCAUCAGGACCCUUGACGUGGCAUUGACGCAUUCAGCGACUCCAUCCUCGAGCGCCGGCCAAGUUGCAGCCACGGAUGAAAGCGACAUCUUAGAUCAUAAUACACUCAUAUUACCGACCGAUUCCACCGGCAACCCAGUGUUCCCGCCAAUCAUGCGUCCGAAAGGACCGAAGCCAGGUCCUCCGAAAAAUCUGACGGUGACGGAGGUCAGUAACGGUUUCCUCAUUACCUGGGAGGCCCCUGUGGAGCGUAAUCAUCUGAUUCAAUACUACACCAUCAAGUAUAAGACGGACGGGCCGUGGAAAACGCUGAACAAGGGACAGAUCCGAGCCGAGGAAACCAGUUAUUGGGUAUUGAAAAAUCUGGUCGGUGGUAGGACGUAUUAUUUCCAAGUGUUCGCGAAUUCGGCGACCAACUACGGUGCCAGCGAUCAGGUGAAGUUCGCAGUCCCGGCCCGGGUGAAGCACAAGGCGAUCACCGCGGGCGUCGUCGGUGGUAUACUUUUCUUCAUUGUCGCGAUCAUCCUGAGCAUAUGCGCGGUGAAGAUUUGCAAUAAGCGGAAAAGACGAAAACAGGAGAAAGAACUGCUUUCAGCGUAUAGUAUGGUGGCCUGCCGGGUCACCGACGCCAGGAACGGCGCAGGGCAGGGGCCCCAGGGAACAGUGCCUUUGAAAAAACCUAGAAAAAGCCGAGUACCAGGUCUGAAUCUCCUGAGGGAGAUUCUGAACCCGGGCACACCGGACUCGUGCCGCGGCCGACCAUUGGGUAAGAUCUCGCGCGCAGCCGACGGCCGCUUCGUGGUGGCCGACUCGGCCCUCAGCUCGGCCAACAACAGCAUCCUGGACGCGUCGAGCAGCGACGACGGCGGCUUCCUGCCGAGGCAACGGUUGGCGGCCAAGUCCUCGUGGAGGCGGCCGCUGGUCGGCACCAGCCAGCUGAGCCUCAGGUCGGACGGGAGCGGCGUCUCGAUCGGUGGCGGUAUCCCCCCCUCGAUGCACCACCACCACCACCACCACCACCACCACCUCCACCACCACGGGAACUCGUUGGCGAGGAUGGCGCCGGCCGCCACCAUCUGCACCAUCUCGUCGCCCAGGUUCUUGGCGAGCUCGCCGAGCGGGCCCCAAGUGCCGUGGACGCCGCUCUACUUCAGCGAUCUGAGCUCGGUGAGGCAGCCAUCCUCGGGCGGGGAGCGCUCCUUCCCGACGCCGCCCGACUACCUGCAGCUGCGCAGCGUGCACCAACGGUACAGCCAGGAGUUGCCCUCGUUGAAGGCGAUCCACGCCGAGUCGAGGAGGUUCGUGCCCGUCCAGCCGUUGGCCACCUCCUCGCCCCCCCAGUCGGCGGGCAGGUCGAGGGCGAGGCUGCCGCCGAGGCACGCGAGGCACGCGAGGUCCGCCCCCGAGUUGGCCGCCUCGCCCGACCUCGAGACCUCGCCCGAGAGCAGGUCGAGCAGCUCGGGGUUCGGCAAGAACACGUCGCAGCAGAACCAGAGCUCGAGGAGCGGUAGCACGGUGGCCGAGUGGAGGCCGCCCCCCUACAGGCCGCCGCCCCCGCCCCUGGUCGGCCGCUGGCUCGAGCUCCAGGACCAGGCGAAAGUCGGGCAUCAUCACGCGCAGACCACGGCCGUGGACGCGGGCAGCGUGGACGGGCAUUACGAGUUCGACCCUGUCUCGUGCACCCCGACCCCCACCUCCGCCUCGACCCCGACCAGGGAGGAGAGGCCGCCCGUGCACCAGAUCCACCAGCAGGUGCACACGGCCCAUCAUCAGACGCCGAGGUACAGCAGGGACAACAUCGAGGCCAGGGUGCAAGCGAUGAAGGCCGAGUUCCAUCAGUUCCGGCAGCGGCAGGCGAGGAGAAGGCAGAGCGCCCAUCUCGAGAGCGCCUGUUGAACCCGAAGGAAAGAAGGAAGGGAGAGAGCGAGAGCGCUGUUCUAAAGGAAAUUUCGCGUGAAUUUCCACACGUAGCAGUUCGAUCGAUCAUCGUCGUCUGCUCCGAUUCUUCCGUUGCUUCUUCGCCCGUCCCACGGAUUGCGGCCGUCUCCUCGAUGGAGAGAGAGAGAGCGGAGAAGCGGGGGAAACCCCUUCCUUGGAGAAGGAAGGAGCGCGCGAAUCGAUUUUGUCGCGUUUCGUGCCGCGGAUUCGAUACUCGUUCGGAGACCAACCGUCGUUUAAAAGAAGAAAAAGCACAACGAGGAGAUCAUCGUGCAGGCGAUUCCGGUAUAGGCAACCUCAAGUCAAUUCUAUCAGCUGGGCAACCGUCUCUAUAAAAAACGAAGAAAGAAAAGAAAAAAAAUCGAAAAAA